CUCAGGCCGGGCAGUCAAAACAGGUUGGUCGUGCGGGCCUCAAAACAUUGACUGUUUAUUGUCAAGUGAAGUGUCAAGCUCACUUAUCUUUAGCCUGCUAAAUUGAAAUGCUAUAAAAGGAAAGAACCAUGUCGACGAAGAAAGCGUAUAACAUCAGCCCUAUAACAGCAGAUGAUGUAGAAUCUGUUAUGAAAUUAGUAAAAAGGACUUUUUACAUUGAUGAACCGUUAAACCGUGCUGUAGGUCUUUGUACCUCAGACACAGAUCAAUGUCAAGAACUUGAUGAAUACUGCACUAGUUCACUAUUAGAAGGGAUAUCCUUUAAAGCAACGGACGAUACCGGAAACGUAAUCGGAGCUAUGAUCAAUGGAGUGUGCCCUUUAAAAGAGGAUGAAAAUGGCAACGACUUACUUAGCCAAGCCCAGCGGUGUACAAAUCCGAAAUUCCAAAAAAUCCUCUACAUACUGGCCCGACGGGAGAGUGGUGCGAGGCUGUGGGAGAAGUUUCCCCACGACCAAAAACUGGUUGAAGUUAAAGUCGCAGCAACCGAUCACAAUUGGAGACGAAAAGGCAUCAUGAAUACAUUAACAGAAGAAACUGAAAAAGCUGUAAGAACACUAGGGAUCAGACUGGUUCGUCUUGACACAUCCAGCGCUUAUUCAGCGAUGACAGCUGAAAAAUAUGGCUACACGUGUUACUAUAAAGCGCUAUACAGAGACAUAAAGAUGGAUGGAAAACCGCUUAUAGUGCCAGAACCCCCGCAUUUGGAAGAUUGUGUAUACGUAAAGGAGUUAUUCCCAUUAUAAUUAUCAGUAUUACAAUAAACUACAUUGCUGUAACAUAAUUUUUUUUAAACGGUAUCAAGCAACGAUCUUUUCUUUUUUUGGUAUGAUUAAUUGUUUUUAUCUGUCAAAUCGCGCCAUGACUUUCAAUAUGUCUUAUUUAUUUGCAACGAUAAAAGUAUUUUAUAAGAUCAGUGAAAAAAUCAUGUUAACAAAUAGACAAGCGAUUACACUUGUAGAUAAGUUGCAGCCAAGGUGAUCUGACAAUUAUUAAAUUCUAUUAUGAUGUACAGAGGAAAUUGCACAUUAUCGUUGUAUGUAUCGUAAUAUAUUGUCUAUGGCUGUUAUAUCGUGAAACUGUAACAAAUAUUAGGAACCUAAGUAUAUUAAAAAUAUUUUAUGAAAUAACAAACGUAUGUAACAAUUUUCUUUAUUACUUCAUACAAAGUAACCUUCACAUUAUCUAGAGGUAGGUUCAGAGCAAAGUCAUUUUCUGAUACUUGUGAUUGGAAGACACAGUUUUCUGACGGGUCUCUGAAAUAAUAAUAAUGACCUUAAAUAUUUUCGUAAAAACAAAAAAUAAAUCGUGGCCAUCAAUGUCACAUCUUAUUCUAUGAUUAUUGAAAUCUAUAUUAUAUAGAAUAAAAUAGAAUAUUAUAAAUGCGAAAGUAACUCUGUCUGUUACGCUUUCACAGUUAAACUACUGAACUGAUUUUGAUGAAGUUUGGUAUGAAGCAAGCUUGAACCCCGAGAGGGACAUAGUACAACUUUUGAAGCGACUACUACUUGCGAAGCCGCAAGUGAAUUAAAAAACAAUAAGUAUAUAGAGUACCAAUAAUAAAUAAAAUCUAUUUUCAAUAAAAAUAAAUAUCUUUCUUAUUAUUAUAGUAUGUAGUGACGAAGUAUAUACUAUAAGCGCGAAUCACAAGGGAGUUGAGAGCGGUGGCAGCGUAUAUGUAGCUUGAACACGACGGUAAAAGAGAGACAUGACGUUUGCCGUCACGGCAUACGAGUCGGUCUUACCACAAAGUUGCGCCAACAAGUCGAAAAUUUUAUUUUAUUUAACUUGUUUACUGAUUGAACAAGUUUAAUGAUAUAGGAAAAAAUAGUAUCAAUAAUCUUACAUAUAGUUAACAUUUUCAUAAAAUACAAUAAAUUAUUUUUAAUUGAGCAGAUAAUUUGAAAGUAGAAAAAUUAUGCUAAUAUAACAACAUCCUGUCAUUUAACAUAUAUUAUAACUGUGAUUAUACAAUUCAGUUUAGUAUCGCAUUAGAAUUUCGAGAACUUUAAGAGAUGUUUGGACUCUAAAGUCACAAAACACAGCAGUUCCUUAUCAUGGCACUAAUCUCUCCGACCAUACUCCGAGCUAUAGCAAUCGCUUGAAAAUUUAUAAAAAAUAAUAUUCUGCAACGCCAUCUAUUGGCGAGUUAUAAAAAUUGACUGUAUAUGUAACAACUUCGUUGUGACGUAGUCUAUUAAAUAGAUACACCAUCAAUACCUAAAAUCAGAAUUUCAUUCAUCUUUAAUCUUUAACCAUUGAUAGAUGGCAAAGAUGUCAAGUCACUGUAUUUGUUUACAUAGUUGGUAUUUUCUAUGAGACCAGUGUGCCUAGUGCGAGUUUACUUACUGAUUCGAUAGCGUUGACAUUAAAAGCAAUUUUUAUGAACUUCUAAUUAUUGUCACUAGGCGGCGCUUCUUUCAUUCCAUACAAAUCGCAGUUACGUCUAUGCUAUUGAAUAAGUAAAAAUACUCGCACUAGGCACAGAUUAUAUUCGAAUAGUAAAUGAUAAAUAUCAAGUUAAAUAUAAGCAUAUACAAAGAACAAAUAUUAAGUUUAAAUGUGAGUAAUAGAAAAGUAUACAACUACAGACUACUAAAAAUUUAAUUCAACCAAAUAUUUAUAAUUUAAUUACUAAAAUAAUUCAAAUACAUUUUUUACAAAAUUACUUUAUUAUACCGUUACUAUAUCGUCAUAUGUACAUUCGAAAAUAUUUACAAAAAAAAAUAUAUCAAAUUCCCAAAAAAAGUCUCAAUAUUCUAUAUAUAUAUAUA